CCGGCAGCCAACAUGGCGGCGGCGGCGGCGGGCGCGGGCCCGGAGAUGGUCCGCGGGCAGGUGUUCGACGUGGGGCCGCGCUACACCAACCUCUCGUACAUCGGCGAGGGCGCCUACGGCAUGGUGUGCUCUGCUUAUGAUAAUGUCAACAAAGUUCGAGUAGCUAUCAAGAAAAUCAGCCCUUUUGAGCACCAAACCUACUGCCAGAGAACCCUGAGGGAGAUCAAAAUCUUACUGCGCUUCAGGCAUGAGAACAUCAUUGGCAUCAACGAUAUUAUUCGAGCGCCAACCAUCGAGCAGAUGAAGGAUGUAUAUAUAGUACAGGACCUCAUGGAAACAGAUCUUUACAAGCUCUUGAAGACGCAACACCUCAGCAACGACCAUAUCUGCUAUUUUCUUUACCAGAUCCUCAGAGGAUUAAAAUAUAUCCAUUCAGCUAAUGUUCUGCACCGUGACCUCAAACCUUCCAACCUGCUGCUCAACACCACCUGUGAUCUCAAGAUCUGCGACUUUGGCUUGGCCCGCGUUGCAGAUCCAGACCAUGAUCACACGGGCUUCCUGACGGAGUACGUAGCCACACGUUGGUACAGGGCUCCAGAAAUUAUGUUGAAUUCCAAGGGCUACACCAAGUCCAUUGAUAUCUGGUCUGUUGGCUGCAUUCUGGCAGAGAUGCUCUCCAACAGGCCCAUCUUCCCUGGAAAGCACUAUCUUGACCAGCUGAACCAUAUUCUGGGUAUUCUUGGAUCCCCAUCACAGGAAGACCUGAAUUGUAUAAUAAAUUUAAAAGCUAGAAACUAUUUGCUUUCUCUUCCACACAAAAAUAAGGUGCCAUGGAACAGGCUGUUCCCAAAUGCUGAUUCCAAAGCUCUGGACUUACUGGAUAAGAUGUUGACUUUCAACCCUCACAAGAGGAUUGAAGUAGAACAGGCUCUGGCCCACCCAUAUCUGGAGCAGUAUUACGACCCAAGUGAUGAGCCUAUUGCUGAAGCACCGUUCAAGUUUGACAUGGAAUUGGAUGACUUGCCCAAGGAAAAACUCAAAGAACUCAUUUUUGAAGAGACUGCAAGAUUCCAGCCAGGAUACAGAUCUUAAAUUUGUCAGGACAAGGGCUCCGAGGACUGGACGUCUCAGACAUCGAUGUUCUUCCCAGUUCUUGACCCUGGCCCUGUCUCCAGCCCAUCUCGGCUUACCCACCUUGACUCCUUUGAGCCGUUCAGCGGGACGGUUUCUGGUAGUUGUGGCUUUUAUGCUUUCAAAGAAUUCCUCAGUCCAGAGAAUUAUCCCUGGUCCCUGUGUGUGUCACCACCGGUGACGUGCGGCAGUAUGUACUCAGCACACCGACUGCUUACCGUUGCUUUAGUCACUAAUCGCUUUCUGGUUUGAAAGAUGCAGUGGUUGCUUCCCUCCGCCCCCAGCCCAUUCCUCCACGCGCCCGCUGACCCCGUGGUCUCCCACAGGUAAUGGUGUCCAGCUUGGCACUGGUCACUGGCGUCUCACUGUACAAUAGGGAAGGCUCCUACUAGGGCACUUUAAGGCAAUGACGGCCCCAUAUUUGCACUGGACUUUGGACUAUACUGUCUCCCAGGGCAAGCAUGCAUAUAAACACCUCUGGUGAUGUCGCAGACGGCAGCAAGUGCUCCUGGCACGGGGAUCCCCAGGGGGACACUUAUCAGCUCACUCUCCUCACACCACGUUAGCCACCAACAUACUGAAGUUGUGUGCCACUUGCCCAGCUUUUAGAAGUCAACCAUUUUCCUAGAUAGAAAGGAAUAAGUGCCGCACCUAGCAUUAUGAAUUUCCCGUGAUCACCUGUACCAUUUAUGGAGGUAGAACACAUGCCCAAAUGUGUGUUACAUGCAGUGCUGAGUGUUUGCAAGACUUGCAGAAAGAGUUAAAGCAGCAGCUUCACUCAGCAUCUGGUGAGCGCUGCACAGGGGUCCCGGCACCCUGAAGUGGGGGUGUCUGGAGAAUUGGGGAGCAUGCUAAUCCGAAUGUUUUGUGGCGACGUGCCACAUGCCCGCUAUAUGUGUCCCCCCGGGCCCCUCCCCACAGUGUGGGUUCAGUCACGGCUCUCAUCGCCUGCGGAUUCAGCAGGGGGACCACUGCGUCUUUCAAUGAGAAAGUGUACAACUCUUUCCUUCUACAGCAUGUCAGCAUCUCAAGUUCAUUUUCCAACCUACAAUAUAACAAUUUGUAAUAAAGCCUUCAUGAGCUCGUGACAUGAAGCACUGUUCUGUCAUCAAGUACUCUCAAGCGUUUCUGGUUCUGCUGAGUUCAGACCCUCCGACAAAGCUAGCACUAGUCCCGUGUGCGCUGUGUCCACUCCUCCCUGACACUGUGUGCUGUGGAGUUGACUCGGUAUUCUGUGCCCAUGCGGCACCUCCUCCCAACUCCCCCACUGCUCUCUGUGGUGAGAACUUUGCCUUGUUCAAUAAUUACUGUACCCUCGCAUGACUGUUACAGCUUUCUGUGCAGAGAUGACUGUCCAAGUGCCACGUGCCUAUGGUUGAAAUGAAAAAUCUAUUGUUACCUCUGAGUUGUGUUCCACGGAAAAUGCUACCCAGCAGAUCACUUAGGAGAAAUAAUUCUAUUUUUAGCUUUUCAUUUCUCAGCAGUCCUUUUUUCCUUGUUUGAUUUUGACAGCAGUGGAGAAUGAGUUAUAUAAAGACUGCCUGCUAAUAUGAAUAGAAAUGCCCUUGUAACUCAUGGAAAUAAAUGUACAUCUGCUCUCUUCACGUUCAUGUAAGAUUCAGUGUUGAUUUCCUCUGGCUUAGGGUGUGAAGGGCCCGUCAGGUUCGGCUUGUGCUUUAGAGCAGAAAUGCCCAUGGGCCUUCCUCCCCUUGGGGACAGCCCAGCCUUUUCCCUCAGCACAGCAGAAGCAGUCUCGACCUUCUGUAUUCACUUCAUAGAUCUAACAUGUUCUGUCCUGCCCUGAGGAAGAAGCCCUGGCAUCCUAGGUUGGGGUCACUGCUUCUGUUUAAGGAGGGCUUCCGUGUAUCCCCAGGCCACUGCCUGCGUCACCCAGCCCCGAUGUUGAUGCCCCCCCGCCCCAUACACACACACACCCCGUGGCUGAAGAAGGCUGCCUGGCUCAUCCUCAGAGAGCAGAGCCACAACUGGAGGCUUGGUCCUAAAACACACGACUUUCAUUUAUUUCCCUGCUCACAGCUGCCCUGUGAGGUCCACACGGCAUUGACAGGAUACAGGGACUUGACUGUUAUUUGAUACAUUGAAAACUCAGUUUUCAUCUUAAAAGGAGCAUUGGCAGUUUACUUCAUUAUUUUUGUUUUUUAGUACUUUCUUUUUAAGUGGAAUGUCAGUGUUAUUAUGACAUUAAUUUCACAAUACUCUUUUAAAUAGAAAGCCAUAGCCUUGGCUACUAAUACCUGGGGGCUGUGGCCUCUUUCCCUCCCCCUUCUUGGUACUGUGGAGUCAGACUGGCCUGAAACCACUAACUGCAUUCUAGAAUCACUGUAACCAUGAGUCGUGAGCUUUCUAUUAAUCAUGUCAAACGUAAUUUAACAGGCCAGAGAAUGGUCGCCACCCAGGUACCUGUGAAAAGUAGUAGCUGUUACGUGUGAACGACUCAUAUUGGCUCUUAAUCCCUUUCUAGAAAUGUACAGAUGGGGUCAUCCAGAUGCACAUUGGUGACACUGAACGCCUCCAUUACCAUUGCGCUCAGACAAGCGUUCAGACACAUGGCUCUUUUGGUGUCUAAAAUGUAAGCAAAAAAUUCCAGUUGAAACAUUCCAACCCUUUCAUUUAGUAUGGAGCAAAAACAUCCAACGAGCAAGUGAGAGGAUUUGAGAGAGUUCUCACGCUGCCUCUGUGCCAUCCACAGGGUCUCAGAGCUGUUGGAGACACACAGGGCGCGUGAUGCUGAGUAGGAGUGUCCUUGCACUUAUGUGCUGCGUGUAGUGCAGGGGGGUUGCAGGUGUAGCUGAUGGCUGUGGCAGUAAGUCAGCUGUCGGAAGCCACAUGUGGCUCAUUAGUGGCUGUCCUUAAGGAGCCACAAAGGCCGACUGUCCAUGCUAAUAUCUUGACCCUUCAGAGGAGACUGUUGGAUCUUUAUUUGCUUAUAUGUUACUACGGUUUUUAAAUUGAUAACUUUUAUAUGGUAUGGUAACAGUAUGUCAAUAAACACGUACAUAUGCACACAUGCUUUGGGUCCUUCCAUAAUACUUUUAUAUUUGUAAAUCAAUGUUUUGGAGCAAUCCCAAGUUUAAGGGAAAUAUUUUUGUAAAUGUAGUGGUUUUGAAAAACCUGAACAAUCCUUUUGCUUAUACAUUUUUAAAGCAUUUGUGCUUUAAAGCGGUUAUGCUGGUGUUUGAAAUACAGCGCUCCCGCAGUGCAGAUGAGAAGCAUGAACAACAGAGUAAACACGUGGCUUCUCUGCCCGUGAUCCAGUGCCACCUGACGGAUCAGAGAAGACUAGAGCCAGCAUAUUCUCAAGGGUUGCACCAGGUUUCCUUAAAGCUCGUUGCCUUUUUUUUCUGUGUGUGUGUGCUGUUUCUCCGUGUAGAGCACUCAAGAAAGUUCUGAAACUGCUUUGUAACUGCUUUGUACUGUUGGUGCCUUCUUGGUAUUGUACCCCAAAACUCUGCAUAGAUUAUCUAGUAUAAUGGUAAGUUAAAAAAAUGUUAAAGGAAGAUUUUAUUAAGAAUCUGAAUGUUUAUUCAUUAUAUUGUUACAAUUUAACAUUUAUUUGUGGUAUUUGUGAUUUGGUUAAUCUGUAUAAAAAUUGUAAGUAGAAAGGUUUAUAUUUCAUCUUAAUUCUUUUGAUGUUGUAAACGUACUUUUUAAAAGAUGGGUUAUUUGAAUGUUUAUGGCACCUGACUUGUAAAAAAAAAAAAAACUACAAAAAAACUUAGAAUCAUUAAAUUGUGUCCCUGUAUUAUCAAAAUAACAUAGUACUGUGCAUGUAUAGUUUAAUUGGAAUUUCAUAUGUGAAAAUAUGAAAUUAUCUAUUCCUUUA